CUUCAAAUUCAAAUAAUCGUAGCUUCAAAUCACUGAUUUCAAGCAGUAACAUAUAUUUUCAAUUAAUUUAGAAAGUACAUGGCACUAAAAGCUCAUAUAUAAUUGAGAGAAAAUGAAUGCCUUUGAAGAUGUAUUUUUGAAAAAUGUAAGACGGACGUGAAGCUAAUUUAAAAUCCUACACAUUGUUUUUCUAUCUCUCUUUCAUGUCGGCCCCUCUUCCUUUUCUUGGCCUAUCCUUCCUCUUUGCCAAAUCCCCCCACUGUCUGUCUUCACUCAUUUUUUUUUUUUUUUUUUUAAUUUUGUAAUCCCAGUGAAGAUUUUAACUUUUGUUGAGUAUGCCUUUUUAUUAACGAAACAAAAGACAUUUCACAAAAAAGUGUUCUUGAUUAGACCUCUUUGUUGUGGGGGUUGGCAAAGCCCUAAAUUUUCCAAUCUGGGUCAUCAAGAUUUAGGGUUUUAAUCGAAAUUUCCCAUCUGGGUCAUCAAGAUUUAGUGUUUUAAUCGAAAAUUUCCAUCUGGGUCAUUGAGAUUUGGUGUUUGAAUCGAAACCCAUAUCUGUUUUUUUCCCUCUUUAAACAUAGAAAGUAGUGUGUAUUGAAGGUGUUAUGCUGUAUAGAUAAUUAGUUGUAUUAGGGUUUAGAUUUUGUGUGUUGAUUUAGAAAUGGAUGGGCGUAGAAUAUGUGCUAGUCCUCGUCCAUGUUCAGGUAAGAGAGUGGUGGCAAAGAAGCGUACACGUGGAGGGGUUGAUGAGUUCUUGAAUAGCGUCAAGAAGCUACAAAGGAGAGAGAUUUCUUCAAAGCGUGACCGUUCUUUCAGUAUGAGUGAUGCUCAGGAGCGUUUUCGGAACAUUCGAUUACAGGAGGAAUAUGACACCCAUGACCCUAAAGGACACUGUGCCAUGGUGCUUCCUUUUCUUAAGAAAAGAUCAAAGAUAAUUGAGAUAGUUGCUGCACGUGAUAUUGUCUUUGCCCUUGCACAAUCUGGCAUCUGUGCAGCAUUUAGUCGAGAGAAAAAUGAGAGAAUAUGCUUUCUGAACGUCAGUCCAGAUGAAGUUAUACGAAGUUUGUUUUACAAUAAAAACAAUGACUCGCUCAUCACGGUUUCCGUGUAUGCAUCAGAUAAUUUCAGUUCCUUGAAAUGCAGAACCACAAGGAUUGAAUACAUUCGGAGGGGUAAACCAGAUGCUGGCUUCGCUUUAUUCGAGUCAGAGUCAUUAAAAUGGCCUGGUUUUGUGGAGUUCGAUGAUGUCAAUGGGAAAGUACUUACUUACUCUGCCCAGGAUAGCAUAUACAAGGUGUUUGACCUGAAGAACUACACAAUGUUAUAUUCAAUCUCGGACAAAAAUGUUCAAGAGAUUAAAAUCAGCCCAGGAAUCAUGUUGUUGAUAUUUACGAAAGCUAGUGGCCACGUGCCUCUGAAGAUUCUGUCCAUUGAGGACGGUACUGUUCUUAAAUCUUUCAACCAUCUUCUUCACCGAAAUAAGAAGGUGGAUUUCAUUGAACAGUUUAAUGAAAAGCUUCUUGUCAAGCAAGAGAACGAGAAUCUUCAGAUUCUGGAUGUACGCAAUUCUGAGUUGACAGAAGUUAGCAGGACUGAGUUCAUGACCCCCUCAGCAUUCAUAUUUCUGUAUGAGAACCAGUUGUUCUUGACAUUCAGAAAUAGAACAGUAGCUGUUUGGAACUUCCGCGGGGAGCUUGUUACUUCAUUUAAUGAUCACCUUUUAUGGCAUCCUGAUUGCAAUACUAACAACAUUUACAUAACUAGUGAUCAGGACCUAAUUAUUUCAUACUGCAAAGCUGAUUCUGAUGAUCCCUUAUCUGAAGGAAAAGCGGGAUCUAUUAAUAUCAGCAAUAUUCUGACUGGCAAAUGCCUUGCUAAAAUAAAAGCAACCAGUGGCAAGGCCACUGAUGAUUGUAGUGCUAGUUGCAGUGGGCCUGGUGGCAGAAGUUGCAACUCAAAAAAGCGGGUCCAAGCUUCCAGUAUUAGGAGCACUGUUGCAGAAGCCCUAGAAGAUAUUACUGCCCUUUUCUAUGACGAAGAGCGCAAUGAGAUCUAUACUGGGAACAGGCUUGGACUGGUCCAUGUAUGGUCUAACUGACUAAUUCUCCUGCUCCCCUGAUAUGUCUAGAUUAUUACUGAUGGAAGAAUGCCUCAGGUAACAUUGUACCAUUGGUAUGGUGUUUUUUAGUCUUGUUAAGGAAUGGUUUGAGUUGUGUCAUCUCUAUUUACUUUAUACUGUACUGUCUGUUUGUAAUGUUGUUGCUUGGGUGAUUGCCCAUUUAGAUGAGGUAUUCUAGAUGAUUCCUAGCGUACUGCUAAUACUUUUGUAACUUAGGGCUGUCUACUGAGGCGUAGGCUGAGCUAGUUAACCACUAAGUCUCAUUUGAUUCAGCCGUUCUGAUGCUUUAAAUGGUUGAGAGCACAUUGUAAUGUUUUAACUGAGGCUGCUUGUGGUUUCCUUGAGUGGAUGAUUUUCGGACUUCUCUUUAGUUAUAAA